UUGACAUAUUUUUGGCUCAGUUUUGUUUUCGGUAUUUAAGUUAUAGUGUGCAAAGUGAGUGAUCUCAUAUCCACAUCCCUACAACCGGAAUUAUCCCACUGAAUUUUGUAAAUUUUCAAAACUAUAGUGAUUCUUAUUAAAUGGCAUCAUGGCAAGAGCAUCGUCGGGCCUGUACUCGCAGGUUUAUUUUAGGGUGACAUAGCCGCAAGACAAAAGUGCAUCCGCCACAUCUUUUGGUCGUUACAUGGCACUGGGGAGAAAUGUCCAGUUACGGUUGGCCGGAGCUGUAUAAACUUGUAGUAUUGCUGCAAUCCUGGACAGUUGUGGUGCAAGCACAAAUCUCUUGCCAGUUCGUGGGCACCUUCUGUGGAUGGACGCCGACUCCAGCUCAGAUAUGGCAGGUGACCCAGACCAGCUGCAACGGGUCCACUACCGCCAAGCCGCCUGUUUCCGUUUAGCAUACAGAGUAUAUUACGAAGGCAAUGGAUGGCUGCUGCGAAUAGUCCCAGCGGUGAUGAGAUUUUCGCCGAGCUGCUCUCGCAAGAAAUCUACUUGACAUUCCAGGCAACGCUGACGUUUCGCGUGCAUCAGCAGACAUUUGGCACCAGUAACAAUCCGCAUAUUCAACUAAAUGUGGUACCAUCGGAUGGAACACCGGAAGUGAGGAUCUUUAGCAAAAACGAUCAGUUCACCUGGUCCAAUCCUGUUGUGAUCACCGUGGAGCCGCGUACCACUGCUUUCCGGUUAAAGUUUCGCCUGAAAGUGCGGAGUCGCACGUUUUGGGCGGGUUUGAAUAAUAUUGUCCUGCAGGACGAAGGUUUAAUGGAAUUUAGUACGUGGACAGCUGCCACGAAAACGCCACCAACUCAUUCGCCUACAGACACAUCAAGAACAACAUCCAUCGAGACCGAGGUAACGUAUAUGUCCAUGAGGACCUCAACCGCUAGAACAUCCCGUUCUUCCACACCAACCCUUGCCUUAACUACAACAUCACUACCUCUUACACCGCCGGCGACCCCGCAACCUGCCAGCAGAUGCGAGAUCGGUCCAGCUAUUAUUAGCCGUUGCGCGAAAGGUGUGAUCACGCUCUCCACAAUGGAUUUCCGCAACAGCGACGCCAUGGAAGCGGUGUUCCUGGGAGACAAUACAUUUCCCUGUCGAAACCAUUUGCGAAAUAUGCACAUGUGGUUACUGGAAAGCGAAAGUGGCACACGAGCGGUCGACCCUUUCCUGCCGACAGUAGUAACCUGCCGAAAUGGUCAACCGGAUUUCAGUGAACGCAAUCCCGAUGCGACAGAAUCGAUGCGGCUGGCAUUCCGCAUUGUCUCGGUAGAUUUUACGUGUCGUGACCUCUUCGUUCGUUACCUCGAACGAAUUGCUUUACUAGUUAAAAACUAACAAUGAAACCAAUGUCAAGAGUUUGUGCAAGCUAAAACAAGGAUAGCGAUAGCGAAAUUCUUGGUGCUUCCCGAAAUUGAGAACAUUAUUGUUUGUUGUUAUUAUUACCGAACGAGAGCAGACGAACUCAACAGAAACUUUCGCAAAGACCAAAAUGAACUAUUUACGAUUCACUAUCUUUUUUCCCUAAAUAUUCACAUCGGAAAGCUUUUUUUCAAAAGGUUUAUCACAUGUACAACUUACACAACUUACGACUCUGUUUUCUCGUUCAUUAUACCAAGAACUUAC